GCCAUGCAUCUUUCUUUACAUUUUGACAGCAGAGAAGAAGGCAGCUCUCUUUGUAGAGUCGCAAAAUAUCUGCUAUUUUUACGUUCAUCGCGUUUUUGAAUAUCCUGAAAUAUGGUUGUUAAGAAGCCAAGACCGAAGAAGAAGCCAGUGACCAAGAAGGUUGCCCCGGCACCGUUGGCUGUGAAAAAGCCUGUGGUCAAGAAAGUUGUCAACCCGCUCUUCGAGAAGAGGCCGAAAAACUUUGGCAUUGGCCAAGAUAUUCAACCACGUCGUGAUUUAUCACGAUUUGUAAGAUGGCCAAAAUACAUUCGUGUUCAACGGCAAAAGGCUGUACUCCAGAAACGUUUGAAGAUUCCACCACCAAUCAAUCAAUUCACGCAAACUUUGGAUAAGCCCACAGCCGUGAAACUCUUCAAAUUGUUGGAGAAGUACCGACCAGAAUCGGCUCUUGCGAAGAAACAGCGAUUGAAGAAAAUUGCCGAAGCCAAGGCCAAGGGUAAGGAGAUCACCCCUAAGAAGAAGAGCAUUUCCAUCCGAGCGGGAACUAACACCGUAACAACAUUGGUUGAACAGAAGAAGGCACAAUUGGUCGUCAUCGCCCACGAUGUAGACCCAAUUGAGUUGGUUCUCUUCUUACCUGCACUUUGCCGUAAAAUGGGCGUCCCAUAUUGCAUUGUAAAAGGCAAGGCUCGUUUAGGCUUGCUCGUUCGCCGCAAAACCUGCACCGCCCUGGCUCUAACGGCAGUCGAGGCCAACGAUAGGACAAACCUGGCUAAGAUUGUCGAAGCUGUGAAGACGAACUACAAUGAUCGUCAUGAUGAAAUCCGCAAACAUUGGGGAGGCGGCCUUUUGGGAUCGAAGAGUUUGGCUCGUAUUGCCAAGUUGGAGAAGGCGAGGGCGCGCGAAUUGGCGCAAAAACAAGGAUAAACUAAUUUGUUUUUACCUAAUAAGAACCACGCAAGAACACAAAGUAUUUGUGUUUUUCAAUAAAAAGAAGAAAAGUG